AUGUCGACUGCAGACCUCGAAAAGCCCCUCAGCGUUGAGCGAAUUGAGGACAUCGGCAAGCCUGCGACUAAUGAUGUGGAUUAUGACGAGGAGUUCUCGCCGGCCGAGCAGCGCAAGAUCAUCCACCGGGUCGACCGCCGCUUGGUAACCAUGGCGGGUCUGGCCUACUGCAUAUCUCUCAUGGACAGGACGAAUCUCAGCAUGGCUGCAGUUGCAGGUAUGACCAAAGACCUGGAGCUUGGCGUCGGAACCCGCUAUUCCGUCGUGAUUCUUGUUUUCUUCAUACCCUACGUGAUCUUCCAGCCCCCAAUGACGGUCAUCAUCCGAAAGGUGGGCCCCACGUUGUUUCUGGGCACCCUGGUCAUAUCAUGGGGAGCGAUACUCGUCGGAAUGGGGUUCGUCAAGAAUUGGAAACAAAUGGUUGCGAUCCGCGUUCUCCUUGGCACCCUGGAAGCAGGGUAUUUUCCUGGCUGUGUGUAUCUCCUGUCGAGUUGGUAUGCCCGGUAUGACAUCCAGAAGCGAUACUCGGUCUUCUACCUCAUCGGCUGUGUAGCGUCGGCACUGGCGGGGGUACUCGCGUUUGGACUGAUGCAGAUGGGCGGCAUUCAAGGCAUUUCAGGCUGGCGAUGGAUCUUUAUCAUGGAGGGUGUGAUUACCGGGGUCAUCGGAGUUCUAACCUAUAUCUUCAUGGUUGACUUCCCAGAGAAAGCACACAAGUCCUGGAAGUUCCUGAACGAGAGGGAGAGUGCGUUUAUCGUUCGACGCAUCAACCGAGAUCGGGCCGAUGGCAAUGAGGAGCCCUUCAAUUUGAAGCGUUUUCUGACCCCAGCCCUUGACCUGAAGAUCUGGGCUUAUGCCUUGAUUUGCUUAUGCACCACGACCAUCGCGUAUGCCAUUGCGUAUUUCCUCCCCAUUAUCCUCCAGGAUGGCAUGGGCUUCAGCACCGGGGCUGCCCAAUGUCUGGUUGCGCCCCCUUAUGGCUUUGCCGGCAUCUUGAUGUACGCGACAGCCUGGGUGAGUGAUCGAUAUCGGAUCCGGGGACCGAUCGUGGCCUUCAACUCCUUGGUCUGCAUCGCUGGGCUACCCCUGAUGGGGUUUGCCAAGGGCAACGCUGCACGAUACGUGGGUGUCUUUUUGGUGGUCGCAGGCGCCAAUGGGAACAUCCCCGCGGUGAUGGCGUAUCAAGCCAACAACAUCCGCGGCCAAUGGACCCGUGCCUUCUGCAGCGCCACGCUAAUUGGGAUUGGAGCCAUUGGUGGCAUUGUGAGUAGUUUGGUGUUUCAGUCCAAGGAUGCACCCGACUACCGACCGGGCAUCUGGACGACGAUUGCUUGCAAUCUCUUCACGUUGCUCACGGUAGCUGUGCUGAGCGUGUGGUUCCGAUAUGCCAACAGACAGGCUGAUCGUGGGGAGCGCGUGCUGGAAGGGUCCCCGGAUUUUCGGUAUACUAUCUAG